AUGGUGCAGGUAUUUUUUUUAUCUAGCAGCUACAACUUUAUAAUACAGGCAUGCAAUGUAUGGUGCGGUCCUGGUAAGUGUUAGAGAUAUGGUUUGAGUAGUAGGAGGUCAGAAUUCAUAUCUCUCUGAGCCAAGAAGCUUUCUGUGGGUUGCCUUUAGCAAGUCAUUAUCUCUCUGCCUAAUCUAAUCCACAAGAUCAUUAGGAUAAAUUGAGACAAGAACAUGUUGUGAUCUGUCCUGUGGCCAGGAAAACAAGUCUUUAAAAAGUCAAAGUAAUGUGUUUGAUGCUUCCAUAAUGUUAGGGAAAUAUCUCAGAGAUAUUUUUUGGGUCACAUCAGCUGAGAAACAGUAGGACUGACCAGUUCACAGGCAACCAAAGAGAUGAGAAAAUCCCCAAAGUUGUAAAGGUCUUUUAUUAUGUUUGCUGUUGUAGAGCAAUAGAACCAAUGUGUUUCACGGUCAGAGAGCAUUAUGGGAUCAAACCAGGAAGGUGAUGAAUUGGAUUGAAAUUGAGUUAAUUGAACUUACUUACCAUUGAAAUCAAUUGGAUUAAAGUUGUUUCUAAUUUGUUCCAUAAGGAAUCUAUUUUUAUAUCUCAAAAUGUCUAACCAAUUAGAGCUGAUGCAGUGAUAGUCUAGGAGCAACCUUUUCAGAUCUGUUAGGAAAAAGUACUCCAUUUUUAUCUACUUGUGGUUGAGACAUGUUGAGUGUGUUUAUUAAUAAGUAGUAAUAUUAAUAGUUGUUGUUUAGUCGUGUCCGACUCUUCAUGACCCCAUGGACCACAGCAUGCCAGGCACUCCUGUCUUCCAUUGCCUCCCACAGUUUGGUCAAACUCAUGUUGGUAGCUUCGAGAACACUGUCCAACCAUCUCGUCCUCUGUUGUCCCCUUCUCCUUGUGCCCUCAUAUUAUCCCUGCCAAGAAAACUCCAUGGAUAAUAUUAAUAGUAGUAAUAAUAUUUGCAUUCUUUUAUGCAAUGGAGUUGCCUUCUGCUAUGACUUGUAAGCACGGCUUACCUGCGGCAGACUUCAUUUUUUAUAACCUCUCCUCCAGUCUCUUGUCUUGAAAGCAGUGAAGCUUGUUUGUUGCUUAGGGCACUUGAGAAUCUGACUGACAGGAUCUAAUCUACUAAGGGAAACUGUCAUGUGCGAAGGAUCCCAAAAUAAUGCAAGAAUUGGGACCAGAGUCCAUCCCUCCCUUGAAACCUGAGAUUCGGGACAUUUAAGUGGCAUGCCUCAUAUUUCUGACCUCUUAAGAUUUUGUUCAUGCCUGAAAUUUUUGCUACACUACUUUCUGAGCAAUUCUUUAAAAUAUCCCUUUUCUAUCCAUUUUUAAAACAGCAGAAGCGUAUCUUCAUGCUGCUGAAAGUAUUUGUUUACCCUUUCACCCCUGUGUAUAUUCACCGACACUGUCUGUGCCUCAGUAACACUAAUGGCUUUUUGUUUUUUGCAAUAAAGUUGAUUCAUGUCCUGGGAAAAAAGCAGCCAAGCCUAGCCUAUCUGUAAUAUUUUAAAACCUCUUGGGAUUUUUCACCCCCACACGCGGCAGUCAAAGUGAAAGGGAACAAUAAAGCUUUGCUUUGGGUUUAAUUCCAGGGGAGGCUGUGGAUGCUGUUCAAACUCUAGGAGGCUUUUUUUUUCCCCUGCGGAGAAGGCUUCACAAAAGACACUUUGUUCCCUUUCGGGACAGAAGCCACCAACCAGUAGAGCUCAUUUCUUAAUUAUUUCUCCAGGGUCUCACCGUUUCCCGAUUGCUCACAAAACACUUUCAUAUAGAUAUGCUUGGAAUGGCAGAAGGGGUGGAGAUCAGCUCUGAGGAUUUGCGUUUUAUGCAUGGUGUGGCUCGCCUUGUCUCGUCUCCACCAACUCGGAUCUUGUUUCCUAGAAACCUUUGCUUGGCCUAAAUUUAUGGGACUGGUUUUAUUAGGUUUCUCAUCCCUCUCCCUCCCAACAUCCACAAUCUGCUUUGACUUUCCUGCUGUGCUUCUUUCUGCUUGAGACUAAGACCAAGUGCCCCAAAAACAAAAAAUAAAUUAUAUACUCCCAGCUUUCCAGACUAGGGUUGAAGGUGCUGAGCUUCUGCCUUGUGAAGAACACAGUGAGGUGUUUAGUGACGGUCCAAUGAUAUUGAGACAAGACACCUUGGAUUAGGGGAGGAAGAGAGAAUCCACAAUGCAGAGAAGAUCUAUCUAAGCCUGCCUGCUUUUACUCCAAUGUUGUGAUGCCUCUGCUUCCGCCGCGGAAUUAAUGAUUAAAUCUUUAUUCAGCAAAUCUAGGAAUAGAUCCUGAUCGUCGCUAACUAAAAUGAAAAUUGACUCUUUUCUGCAACAGCAUUUAAAAGAGGGUAUUAUUUUCCUGACUUCAGCAAGCCAUCAAAAUAAAUAAUAGCCUUUCAAACUUGCUGCUCAGGUAGGGGCCCUUGCUAGAUAGCUCGAUACAAUGUGGCCAUUGCAAAGUAGGAAGUGGGCAAAUGCAAAGCUGUAGCAAGGACUUUUUAGAAGCUUUCGUUGGGCAGAAUCGGAUAGAAAGUGGAAAUCACAUUCAAUAUCAAGGCAUUUGUAUAGAAGUCGAAACAAUAUCCUUUAAAUCCCAUGGGGUUACGUUGCAGUUGCUGGUUAGCUGGGUUGGUUAGAGCGUUGUGCUCAUAACGCCAAGGUCACUGGUUCAAUCCCCAAACAGGCUAGCUGCAUAUUCCUGCAUUGCAGAGGGUUGUACAGUCGUACCUUGGAUCCCAAACGCCUUGCGAGUUGAACGUUUUGGCUCCCGAAUGCCGCAAAUUCGGAAGCCAAUCGGAAACUGCGCCUUGGUUUCUGAACGUUUUGGAAGUUGAAUGGACUUCCGGAACGGAUUCCGUUCGACUUCUGAGGUACCACUGUAUUAGAUGAUGCUCACGGUCCUUUCCAAGCCUACAGUUCUAGUCUAAUGAUUAUGUCCAGCAUGCAGAUAUUGGAGACGUGUAGCAAAUUCAGAUUGCCAGAAGUUGUGGGUAGCUGUGUCUCUGCUUCAUAAUGAUGAGCUGAAGGAAUAACCGGUGUUCUUUUGGAUGAAAGAAAGAACAUUGACCUCUGAGUUAUGUCCAAAAAUAACGCUUGAAUAUGUAGGUGUAACACUUAAGUAAAAAAAUCUAUCCUAGUUCAGAACUUGCUGGCAGGAGUUGGUAUUGGCACACCCUGAAUCCAACAUCCUUUUAGGAAAUGUUACAUAGUCCCAGCAGGGAAAGCCCCCAAACCUUCGUUGAGCCAUGGGUGGGAAAGACUAAUGGGGAGCAGUGUCACAGAAACCUUACAUGGUUGUUAUCUGUGUUUUUACCUGCUCUGUGAAUAGAUGGAACGUCUCUGUAUCUAGAACUGACAGUCCUGCCCUUGCAGGAAGCAGGAGGCUGACUUAAAAUUUAACAAGCUCUUUGUGUCAAUCAUCUCAGGAGCAUCCUUCAGAACACAGAGGUUUUGAAAACCCGUUUUUCAUGGAGCUACCUAUGGGUUAAAAUUUAAUCUCUGUCAAAGACAUCUGCUGGGCUGAGAAUGCUGUCUUCUUUCUUUAAAGGGGUUAGGAAGGAUACAACCACUAUGUAAUACGCAUUAUUUAGCUUGCAGUGGGGACCUGCUAGACCCUAGCAUGUUCCAACUGCAUGUUCAACUUAUUUCUGUUUCUCUUAAGUCAUUUUUGGUCCAGGGUUUUGGCUAGUGAUCAGACUGAAAGAUCUAAGCAAGAUAAGAAGGUGAUGUGUGUGCGUGUAUUUAAGUCUCAGGGGAGGUAGAUUUUAUAGGUUGGUUAUUGUAAGAGAAGACACUCUUGUCAGGAGUUUUAAAUCUAGUGUCGAAGAGACAGAAAGGCAAGAUGCUCAGAAGUCAAAUCCUGUACUUCAGCACAAUUUCUCCUUUAGAGUACAUGAAUAUACUUGCACACCAUUCGCAUGGACUCUAAUGCACAUUUUUUACAGAGGACAUAAUGCUAUACCUUUACCCUUUAAUGAAGCUCCAAAUAACCAAACCCAAUAUCUUUUUUUAAAGCAGUGGUUAUAACUUACAGUUAGGGACGCGGGUGGCGCUGUGGGUUAAACCACAGAGCCUAGGACUUGCCGAUCAGAAGGUCAGUGGUUCGAAUCCCAGUGACGGGGUGAGCUCCCGUUGCUCGGUCCCUGCUCCUGCCAGCACGUCAAAGUGCAAGUAGAUAAAUAGGUACCAUUCCGGCGGGAAGGUAAACAGCGUUUCCGUGUGCUGCUCUGGUUCGCCAGAAGCGGCUUAGUCAUGCUGGCCACAUGACCCAGAAGCUGUAUGCCGGCUCCCUCGGCCAGUAAAGCGAGAUGAGCGCCGCAACCCCAGAGUCGGUCACAACUGGACCUAAUGGUCAGGGGUCCCUUUCCCUUUACCUUUAUAACUUACAGUUAGUAUGGUAUGCAGCAAAAUAUUCCCUUUAUCACACACCACAGAUGGUGAGUGAAUUGUCAUAAAGGCAACCAACAAGGCUUGUGUCAAGGAUGAUGUAUUGGUACAGACAGCUACUGUAAAUAACAACACCUGUGGAAACAAUAAAUUUGUAACCCAGUAACAUCAUAGUAGCCACAAAACACUCGCAGUGGAAUAUAUCCUGGGUCUAUCAGAGGAUAUUUGGUCAUCCUCCUCCUCUAGCCCAGCUCCUCUAGCAGAGCAACCACCACAAGUUAUGAAAUGACUGCUUUUCUGCAGAAUUUAAUAGUACCAAGUUGCCAAGAAACACAUGGUUUGAAUUCUGGUUUCUCUCCUGAAUCCAUAGAACCUACUAAGUCCCAUCAGCACCAGCCGGCAGCAUGGCUGGUGGCCAGGCAUGUUGGGAGUUCUAGUCCAGCAUCUGAAGGUUCACCACUGGUUCCCCAUCCCUGUCAGAGAACCUAAACUGGCAGAACCUAAACUGACCUAAACUUUCCUAGAAUUCAUGCCAUGCUUUCCUGUUUCCCUUUUACCCACAGGAAUUUUCCCUUGCAGAGGAUGGUCCUACAUUGAAAACUCCUGCCGUAAAGAAGUCCUUGGAAGAUGAUCUGAAUCUUUGCCAGAAACAACAGUCGCCUUCUGCUUUUACAGUAUGCUUCUCCUGCCUCCGAGACAACCUGUCUCUUCUCCCAGACACAUCCUUUGCAAGCACACUUCUUUUCACGCCUAAUGAUUUAUUCAAUCAUCAAUCACCUUAUUUCUACGGGUUGACAAACAAUCUUCUCAAAGACAAGACUGAAAACGUGGUGCUUACGAUGAAUAUAAAAUGCCAUCACAGUAAAAAGUGGAAAUAA